AUUUCAGAUUUCGUUACUGUUCUGGAGUAAAUUUGCCGACAUGGCGUACAAUAUGAAUAGCGCUGCGGCUGCGUUCGCGUACGCUCAUAUUCCUUGUCAAUCAUCUACAACAUCAUCACAGCCGUUUACCUACAGUAUGAGUACAGUACCGGCAAUGACCAUGUUCCCAUCAACGGGUUAUAACGCAGCUAUGAUCCCAAGAAAAAAUCGAAGGGAAAGGACAACAUUCAAUCGCCAACAGCUUGAGGUUCUUGAGACUUUGUUCGAAGCGACUCAAUAUCCAGAUGUGUUCACCCGCGAAAAAGUCGCAGAACAAAUACAACUUCAAGAAAGCCGAAUUCAGGUCUGGUUCAAGAAUAGGCGGGCAAAGUACCGACAACAAGAGAAGCAGAAGCCCAAAGUAGAAAAGAAGGAUACUGCAGGCGUUGCCGCCGCUGCAUCGCCGUCAAUAACUAAAGAAGAGGCAACGUAUGUUCCUCAGAACAGUGAACCGGAAUCAGGCUCUCCUCAUAAGCCCACAACCCCCGAAGAAAAAAGAGAAAGUCCGCAGACGCCAGCGAGCGGAAGCAGUGGUAUCGGAGAUACAUCGUGGACAAGUGAUGCUUCAUCGACGGUUCAAAGCUUAACUCCAACCACGAACGUUCCAUUCUCUGUGUCGCUCAACAAUCCGACUGUCUACAACACUUACCCCAUUUACCCGACGUCUUACUACCCGCUGGAUACAACCACCUACUCGCCCUAUUCAUACCCCUCAUCCUACUCACAUCAGUACCCCUCAAAUCCGUAUUUUCUCACCAGCACCAAUGGAUCAUUGUGAGAAGUGCUUCCAUGUUGUCUGAAUUGAGAAAAGCGACAGUUACGCAGAUUGUGAGUCAUAUUCCUUCGAGUUUUAACUACUAUGCCGAUGUGUCCUAUUGCCGUUCGAGUUGUCAUUCAUCCCUGAAACCAGUAAAUCACUUAAACAGUGUAUUUAUUUCUAUGUUCAACGUUGUUACACUACCAUUUCAAUUUUGUUCGAGGAUUCUGUGGGUAUCACAGCAACUGCCUGCUCUCCGUGAAAUAACCCUGGGUAUCUUUGCUAUAUGUUGCUGCACUGAAUCACUGUACCUUUUUGUUUUCUGAUAGAACAAUAGUUUUCUUUUGUGAUUGG